AUGUCUGACAGAGAGUUUGGCGGGUCUGACGACCUUUCCCUGCCGAAAGCUACAGUACAAAAGAUAAUAUCUGAAAUACUGCCUUCUGAUCUAGCUUUCGCAAAGGAUGCCCGGGAUCUGCUCAUCGAAUGUUGUGUCGAGUUCAUCACUCUGAUAUCCUCCGAAGCAAACGAAAUCGCCGAGAAAGAAGCAAAGAAGACCAUUGCAUCCGAGCAUGUUGUAAGGGCUCUUAAUGACCUUGGCUUUAAUGAAUAUGUGGAAGAUGUCCAGGAAACUGCUCUUGAGCAUAAAGAGUCACAGAAAGUGACUCGUGAAAAGAAGCAAACCAAAUUUGAGGCUUCUGGCCUUUCUGCUGAAGAGCUCCUUCGUCAGCAAGAAGAGCUUUUUGGUUCGGCUAGGGCGAAAUUCGACCAAUCUCACGCGGCGUCUGGACCAGCGUAG